UUUGACGCAUUUGGUCACACCGACGUUCAAUUGCUGUGUCAUUUUUGUUUCUCUGCAAAGUCGGCGUUUUUAUUUUAUACAUUAAAGUACUGCUGCUAAAGCCUAUUAAAUAUGGCUAGUGAACGCUACAGCUUUUCCCUGACCACUUUUAGUCCCUCCGGAAAGUUGGUCCAAUUGGAGUAUGCAUUGGCGGCUGUGUCCGGCGGUGCUCCCUCCGUGGGCAUAAUGGCUUCCAACGGCGUAGUCAUUGCGACAGAGAACAAACACAAGUCGCCGCUCUACGAGGAGCACAGUGUGCACCGCGUCGAAAUGGUCAAUAAGCACAUCGGCAUGGUGUACUCGGGCAUGGGCCCGGACUACAGGCUACUGGUAAAGCAGGCCCGAAAGAUCGCCCAGAGCUACUACCUGACCUACAAGGAGCCCAUCCCAGUGUCCCAACUGGUGCAGCGGGUGGCUACUCUCAUGCAGGAAUACACCCAGUCCGGUGGUGUGCGUCCUUUCGGUGUUUCUCUUCUGAUCUGUGGCUGGGACAACGGGCGCCCAUAUUUAUAUCAGUCCGAUCCCUCUGGCGCUUAUUUUGCAUGGAAGGCCACUGCCAUGGGCAAGAAUGCCGUAAACGGCAAAACUUUCCUCGAGAAACGGUAUAGCGAAGAACUGGAGCUGGACGAUGCUGUCCACACUGCCAUUUUAACCCUUAAGGAAGGAUUCGAGGGAAAAAUGACUGCCGACAACAUUGAGGUCGGAAUCUGCAAUGAGGAAGGAUUCCAGCGUCUGGACCCUGCCCAAAUCAAGGAUUACUUGGCUAACAUCCCUUAAAUGAUAAGCGCCCGUUAGAAGAACCCAAGCUAAGCUUUUUUUGAUAAGUUCGGGACAUUAAAAACGAAUAAAAUUUUCA